AGGGGAAUUGUUCGGAAAAGGGGCAAUUCCUCACUACAGAGAGGCAUCACUGUAGCUGCCAAAUUUUGUGGUGACUGAACUUGUCUCUACCUGUGACAUAAGCUGUAAUAAGUGAUCCAGGAAAUUUUGUUGUGUUUUUCAGGCACAUUGUAGCAGAGAUCAGAUACCUGGAGCAUAAUUAGAUAUUCUGUUCAGUCUUGCCUUAGCUGUUGACUGUGACACUACCACCAUGCAUCAGAAGCUUUUGAAGAGUGCCCAUUACAUCGAGCUAGGAAGCUACCAGUACUGGCCUGUUCUGGUACCUCGGGGAAUCCGCUUGUAUACCUAUGAGCAGAUUCCUGUGUUCCUUAAAGACAAUCCAUAUAUUACAGAUGGCUACAGAGCUUAUCUUCCUUCUAGGCUGUGUUUAAAAAGUCUGUUCAUUUUAUCCAAUGAGACAGUAAACAUCUGGAGUCACUUACUGGGCUUUUUCCUUUUCUUCACUCUGGGCAUAUAUGACAUGACUUCUGUAUUACCUUCAGCGAGUGCCUCUAGAGAAGACUUUGUUAUCUGUUCUAUUUGCCUCUUCUGCUUUCAAGUCUGUAUGCUUUGCUCGGUAGGAUAUCAUCUUUUCUGCUGCCAUCGCUCAGAGAAGACUAGCCGUCGAUGGAUGGCAUUAGAUUAUGCAGGAAUUUCCAUUGGGAUCCUGGGCUGCUACGUAUCAGGAGUGUUUUAUGCAUUUUACUGUAAUAAUUACUGGCGUCAGGUAUACUUGAUCACUGUGCUUGCUAUGAUCCUUGCAGUAUUCUUUGCUCAGAUUCAUCCCAGCUACCUCACUCAGCAGUGGCACAGACUGCGUUCUGUCAUCUUUUGCUCCGUCUCUGGAUAUGGAGUCAUUCCUACUAUCCACUGGGUUUGGCUCAAUGGAGGAGUUGGUGCAUCUAUUGUGCAGGAGUUUGCUCCUCGAGUGAUUGUGAUGUACUUGAUUGCUGCCAUAGCUUUUCUCUUUUACAUUUCCAAAGUUCCAGAAAGAUACUUCCCAGGACAAUUAAACUACCUCGGCUCUAGUCACCAAGUAUGGCAUAUCCUUGCAGUAGUAAUGUUGUAUUGGUGGCAUCAAUCUACAGUGUACAUCAUGCAAUACAGACACAGCAAGCCCUGUCCUGACUACAGUACACAUUUAUGAAUUAAGAAUUCUCUUACUGCAACAGAAGUUCUGACUAUGAAUGUCUAGUCCUUAGUUGCAUGCUGAUUUCCAAAACCAGGCACUGAGGCAGCGACUCUCUCACCUGCUGGACUGUGUUUCUACUUGCUGGGAUGGCAUACCAACAGAGGUUUUUUUGAGACAACUGCUUAGGUCUUCAAAAUGACUCAUUCACCUCAACCACUGUACAUUCUGCAGUGAAGCAGAGAACAACUGUGCAGGUCUUCCUAUAGAGAGGUGAUGUAAUUCGACCAUGUGAAAAUAGGAUAUGAAUAAUUACAUUCCUUCUUCUGACUGGUAAAACAUGAAAGGCAGCGAUGAGUACUCUUUGUGAACAGCAAAUGACUUUCUCCUUGAUUUGGACUUCACUUUCAGACUUCAUUAAAGAGUAUACUGAAGAAAUUUGCCCUAAACAGCAUGCUUCUAAAGCUCCUAUGAUAAAUUGCUUCUUGGGACCUGGUCUUAGACCUUUUCAAAUCCAUACAGUGUGGUGUACCAUCUAGACUUACUAUCUAAUUGUUGUGUUCGUGCUAUGACAUUGCUGUUAUAUUUAAAUCUGAAUUCUAUGGAUUCUUACGGUUUUUUUUUUUUU